AUGAUACUCAUCUGGGUGAUCCCCGGACUGACUCUGCCCACACCCCCUCCACCUGAUAGGAAGGCUAAUAACCCGGUUGUCAUCACACCAAUCAACAACGUAACCGGGACCAUCAUAGAAGCCACUGAUAGGAUAUCAAUCAAAUCUGCCGAAUGGACACUCAUCACAUUUUUUGAUCUCAGUCAGCUGGCACGGGAGAUCGAGACGGUCAAACGAGGCAUCCAAUCUGUAAAACAAUGGUGCCCAACGGCUUACGAGGUCUGUCCCACGAUCAUACAAACAUUGCAACAGGAAGUGGCAGAAAUCCAAGAUGCCGAUCAGUUAAUGCAGUAUCAACGGCAACAACGCGGAGCACUGAACAUCGUUGGAAAUAUCGCGAAUGGGCUGUUCGGAGUACUCAAUGAUCAGUACGCCAAACGGAUGGAAGAAAUUAUUGGUAAACUAAGAACCCAAGAAAGCAUCACGCAUAAAAUAGUAGAGAACCAGACGUCAGUUCUGGAUACCACCAUCAACAUUAUGCGAAGGACGACGAUCGAAGCGCAGAAGAGGAUGCAGGACCUAGAAGCCAGCCUGGCCAGAAUCAAAGUCAGAAGCCAUGCGGCUGAUCGGUAUCUGCCACAUGCAGUUUCAGAGUUCGUCGUCGUGGCAAGUCACAUUCGUCGAGUCCAGGAUGCUGUAUUAAAUGUGCUAAUCGGGGCACACGAAGGAAAAUUGAGCCCUGCAUUGGUGUCGGUAGAACAAGUGAAACAGGUGAUCACAAAAACACAAACACACCUUCCACCGGGAAGACGAUUACCCAUCACAAGUGAGACAGCACGAGACUUAUAUCGACUGGCGACCACAAGGGUACAAGAAACCGAGGACUUACUAAUGUUCCAUGCGAGUGUUCCAUUAGUCGAAGAAGACGAAUUCACAGUAUAUCGAAUGGAAUCAAUUCCACAAAUAACGAGAGAAGGCCUGGUGAUAACCAAGACGGAAACAAAAUAUCUAGCAGUCGAUGAUCAUCGGAAACACCACUUUGCGAUCAAUCAAGAACACCUCAGUCAGUGUGUCAGCGGGACGAACGGAAAUAAGGUAUGCGAGUUUGAGCAAACACUAUUGGGCCCGGACGCCCAUCAACUCCCUUGUACGAUGGCGGCACUAUCAAGACAUCGGGCAAGGGAAUGUAAGCCAGAACCAAUCAAGGGGAUCAGUUAUUGGGAUCAAUUAACAGAGCAGAAUGCAUGGAUCUUUGGGACAACGAAGCCAAUAACAAUGACCUAUGUAUGCUCGGACGAAAAGGAUCAAAUCAUCAUCGACGGCGUAGGCAAGCUGACAAUCAGGCAAGAUUGUGUGAUCCAAAGCCCGACCAUUACAUUGUUGGGGCGGGCGCAGUUUAACUCAUUAGGAACAAUAAGGAUGUCAGGAAGUUACGUUCACGAGUGGCCAUCACAUGAAAAAAUAAGGACAACAGAAGGACAAUUGGAAGCAACAUUAGAUCAGCUAGACCAACUACAUGCAGAGGUGCAGGGGUUAAAAACAUGGACAAAGCAAGCAUAG